UUUGAUUUUCAAGGGGAAUUUUGUCUGGAAUUCUCUCAUUUCACUGCUGCCCAGGUGAGCUGUGCAAGGUCUGGACAACAGAAAGCAUACAGCGACCACCUCGAGCUCACGUAUGGGACCACCCUGAUGCGCUUGGAUUUCGUGUGGCUGCGGGAUCACUGCCGCUCCGCCUCCUGCUACAACGCCAAGACCAACCAGCGCAGCCUGGACACGGCCAGCGUGGACCUGGCCAUCCGACCCCAGGCCGUGCGGGUGGACGAGAGCACGCUCUUCCUCACCUGGCCGGACGGACACGUGACACGGUAUGGGCUGGAGUGGCUGGUGAAGAACAGCUACGAGGGGCAGAAGAAGCAGGUGAUGCACCCCCGGAUCCUCUGGAAUGCAGAGAUCUACAGGCAAGCCCAGGUCCCCUCCGUUGACUGCCGGAGCUUCCUGGAGACGGACGAGGGCCUGAAGGAAUUCCUGCAGAACUUCCUGCUCUACGGGAUUGCUUUUGUGGAGAACGUCGCUCCCACCAAAGAGGACACGGAAAUCUUGGCAGAAAGGAUCAGCAUCAUCAGGGAGACCAUUUAUGGCAGGAUGUGGUACUUCACCUCUGACUUCUCCCGGGGAGACACAGCCUACACCAAACUGGCCCUGGACCGGCACACGGACACCACCUACUUCCAGGAGCCCUGUGGCAUCCAGGUGUUCCACUGCCUGAAGCACGAGGGCACGGGCGGGCGGACGCUGCUGGUGGACGGUUUCCACGCGGCGGAGCAGGUGCUGCGCCGGGCCCCGGAGCACUUCGAGCUGCUCAGCAGAGUGCCCCUGAAACACGAGUACGUGGAGAACGUGGGGGGCUGCCACAACCACAUGAUCGGGGUGGGGCCCGUGCUCAACGUGUACCCCUGGAACAACGAGCUCUACCUGAUCAGGUACAACAACUACGACCGUGCUGUCAUCAACACGGUGCCGCACGACGUGGUGCGCCGCUGGUACCACGCCCACCGCGCGCUCACCACCGAGCUCAGGCGGCCGGAGAACGAGCUGUGGGUCAAGCUGAAGCCAGGCAAGGCCCUGUUUGUGGAUAACUGGCGUGUCCUGCACGGCCGGGAGGCGUUCACGGGGUACCGGCAGCUCUGCGGCUGUUACCUGACCAGGGACGACGUGCUCAACACGGCCCGGCUGCUGGGGCUGCAGGCUUAGCCCAGCCCCUGGGAGGGGCAGGAGCCCCCAGUCCCACCUCUGGGGAGGGGC